UUUUUUUUUUUUUUUUUUUUUGUUGUUUCUAGUUUUCUUUCUCUUCCUGUUGUUCGGCUGCCAAGAAAAUGGAGAGAAAAAUUAACCCUUUUUUCCCGUAUGGGUAUUUUUUAAUCUCUCUCCUUUCUUGCUUAUCUUUCUUGGUAAAAUUUUCUGUUUCUGAACCCAGAGCUACACAAGCAGCUAUGAUUUGCUCGAACAGAACAGCUGCAAAUUCAGAGAGGCAAAUUUUUGUAGUAAAUUUCUUGGCUACGAUGGAUGUAGUGACUCCUUUGGUUGCCAGGCAACAAUUUGGAGCUGUGAUUAAUGGAUCAGGCAAUACUACAGUUUAUACUUUGGGUGAGUGCAUGAAAGAUCUUGAUCCAACAGAUUGCAAUCUUUGUUUUGCCCAAAGUAAAACCCAGAUUUUAAGGUGUCUUCCUUUCCAAUUAGGCACUAGAGGAGGUAGGCUUUUCUAUGAUGGGUGUUAUUUAAGGUAUGAUGACUAUAAUUUCUUUAAUGAGACACUUAGUUCUCAAGAUAGGACUGUUUGUGCAAAUGGGACUUUUAAUAAUGGUAGCAAAACUGUUUUUAGUGCUAAUGCUAUGGAAUUGGUGAGGAAUUUGAGUGUUCAAGCCCCAAAAAGUGAUGGGUUUUCUGUGGGAUUUGUGAAUAGAGGGAAUGUUUCAGUUUAUGGAUUGGCUCAAUGCUGGGAAUUGCUAAAUGCGAGUUCUUGUGAGACUUGUUUGGCAAAUGCUGUUUCUAAGAUUGCUAAUUGUACUCCAAAGGAAGAAGGAAGGGUUUUGAAUGCUGGUUGUUACCUGAGGUACUCUCCUCAAAAAUUUUACAACAAUUCAGGAACUGCAAAUGUAGGAAAUGGAGGAAGAAGCCACUUGGCGGUUAUACUGGCUGUGAUAUCUUCUGCUGUAGCUGUAACAUUGAUUGUUUCCACCGCUGUAUUCUUUGGGAAGAAGAGAAUUGCAGAAAAGAGGAGACAAAGGAACGAACUUGGUGCUUUAUUAACUACCCUGAACAAUUCCAAGCUUAAUUUCUCAUAUGAAUCUCUUGAAAGAGCCACUAAUUACUUUCACAGUUCCACUAAGCUGGGACAAGGAGGAUCGGGUUCAGUUUACAAGGGAGUAUUGCCUGAUGGAACUGUUGUUGCUAUAAAGAGGCUUUUGUUCAAUACAAGGCAAUGGGUAGAUCAUUUCUUUAAUGAAGUCAAUUUGAUUAGUGAUAUCCAACACAAGAAUCUUGUGAAAUUGCUGGGAUGUAGCAUUACAGGACCAGAAAGCCUUCUUGUUUACGAAUAUGUACCGAAUCGAAGCCUUCAGGAUUAUUUCUUUGACAAAAAUAAUGUUCGGCCUUUGACAUGGGAGAUGAGGUAUAACAUCAUAUUGGGCACAGCUGAGGGUUUGGCCUAUCUUCAUGAGGAAACUGAGUUGAGAAUAAUACAUAGAGAUAUAAAAUUAAGCAAUAUUCUGCUUGGUGAGGACUUUACACCAAAGAUUGCUGAUUUUGGACUUGCAAGAUUAUUUCCGCAAGAUAAGACUCACAUCACUACUGUAAUUGCUGGUACAUUAGGUUAUAUGGCUCCAGAAUAUGUCAUUCGUGGCAAACUGACUGAGAAGGCUGAUGUUUACAGUUUCGGAGUUCUUGUAAUGGAAGUAGUUAGUGGAAGGAGGAACAAUGCCUUUGUUCAAGAUUCGGGUUCUAUCCUGCAAAUGGUUUGGACACUGUAUGGAACUGGAAGACUAUGCGAAGCUGUUGAUCCUAAGUUAGAAGGUGAUUUUCAAGAGGAGGAAGCAUCUCGGUUACUUCAAAUAGGCCUACUUUGUGUACAAGCUUCUGCAGAUUUGCGUCCAGCAAUGUCAAUUGUUGUUAAAAUGCUUAAUAAUAGCCAUGAAAUUCCUCAGCCAACACAACCACCAUUUCUCAAUCCUGCAAGUAAUAGUUCAGAAAUCAGCACACUUAUUAGACCUGCCACUUCUAGUUCUCAACCUGAGUCUUACACUCAGUCUUCAGGAAACAGCAUGACACAAAGCUGGAUUGAGCCCAGAUGAUCCUUCAACUUGCCAAAACUCCGUUUCACAUUUGAGACCAGGCGGUUCAAUUUUGAUCAACUAAACCAGCUGAGCUGAUUAUAUAAUGAUCCACUGCUAAUAUUGAUUGUCGUUAAAUAUAAAGUAUAUAUAGUGAUGAUUCUUUCUUGUAAUGCUAUAGAGCUAAUAAUGUAUAUAGCUUGAAAUUUUCUGGAUAUUCUUUUUGGUGUAAUUGUGAUGCAAAAGUAAUUUAACCAUCAUUAUUUUAUUU